CCGGCGGCGGCCGGGCCCGGGCUCCUGAGGCGGCUCCUGAGGCGGCUCCUGAGGCGCCGCGGGGAUGGCUGACGAAGGGGCCGUUACCGUCUGCGUGCGGCUGCGGCCGCUCCUCGCCAGGGAGAGCGCUCUGGGGGACGAGGCGGCGCCUCACUGGAGGAGCGAGGGGAACACGGUCUCAGAAGUGAGCGGUGCCCGAGCCUUCAGCUACGAUCGUGUCUUUCACUCAAGUGACAACACACAGCAAUUGUACGAAGGUGUAGCUGUUCCAAUUAUACAAUCAGCCGUGCAAGGAUACAACGGCACCAUCUUUGCUUAUGGACAGACCUCCUCAGGGAAGACGUACACCAUGAUGGGGAACGAAGAUUGUGUAGGCGUUAUUCCUAAGGCAAUCCAACAUGUCUUCAAACUUAUUUGUGAGAUUCCAGACAGAGAAUUCUUGUUAAGAGUUUCCUACAUGGAAAUCUACAAUGAAACCAUUACGGAUUUGCUUUGUGAUACCAGGAAAAAGAAGCCUCUAGGAAUUCGUGAGGAUGUUAAUAGAAAUACAUUUGUAGAAGACCUCACUGAAGAGGUGGUUGUUUCCCCAGAAGAAGUUAUGGAAUGGAUCAGGAAAGGAGAAAAAAAUCGCCAUUAUGGGGAAACAAAAAUGAAUGAACACAGCAGCCGUUCUCACACCAUCUUCAGAAUGAUAAUUGAAAGCCGAGAACGAAGUGACCUUGCAAAUGCAAACUGUGAUGGAGCAGUGAUGGUGUCGCACUUGAACUUGGUAGAUCUGGCAGGCAGUGAAAGAGCUAGUCAAACAGGAUCUGAAGGUCUCCGACUGAAAGAAGGCUGCAAUAUAAAUCGGAGUUUGUUCAUUCUGGGCCAAGUUAUCAAAAAGCUUUGUGACGACCCUUCUGGUUUCAUAAAUUACCGUGACAGCAAGCUGACUCGAAUUCUACAGAACUCUCUUGGAGGAAAUGCUAAGACGGUUAUUAUUUGUACAAUCACUCCUGUUUCUUUUGAUGAAACACUCAGUACUCUUCAGUUUGCCAAUACAGCCAAAGGAAUGAAGAAUACGCCAAAAGUCAAUGAAGUUCUUAAUGAUGAUGCCCUCCUGAAGAGAUAUCGCAAAGAAAUUCUGGAUUUGAAAAAGCAGCUGGAGGAAGUGUCUCUGAAGACUCAACUUCACGCGGUGGAAAAAGAUCAAUUGGCCCAGUUGCUGGAAGAAAAAAAUUCUCUUCAGAAAGCGCAGGAGGAUAGGAUACGAAAUUUAACUGAAAUGCUGGUGACUUCUGCCUCGUUUUCAGCAAAACAGGAUAUUAAAGCCAAGAGAAGAAGAAGAGUUACAUGGGCUCCUGGUAAAAUAACCCAGAAGAAUGUGAAUUAUUUUGAAGACUUUGAAAAAACGGAAUUGACUGAAACAAAAAAAAUGAAAGCGUCCCUGUCUUUACUACCAGGUGGAGAGGGUUCUACAUUUUCUGAGAGUUCUGAAAAUGACAACCAACGUUUAACUCUUCCCGAUCAAAUUUCGGAUACAGAGUGGACUCCUGGACCUGACAUGAACUGGACUCUGAAAGACUUUGAAGAAUCUAUACAACGCUGUGAAGUUUCAACGCUAGAAAAGGACCUUGCUGUCAGUGAAGUCAAUGUCCUAAAAGCUAACUUGAAUAAAGUCGUAUUAGAAAAUGAACAGCUGAAAUUAGAAGUAAAUGAAAUGAAGGCGAAACUGAAGGAAAAGAGAGAAACAGAAGAAUUUGAAAUGCUGGAAAAGCAAACACAAAAAGAGCAUGAGACAGAACUAAUGCAUGAAGUUACCAGCCUAAAGAAUGUAGUUUCAAAUGUGGAAGCGCACAAUGUAGAACUUGAGGCAGAAAUAAGCUCCAAAUUGGAACAGCUGAAAGAGAAAGAGAACAAAAUAAAGACAUUACAGAAUCGUGUGGAAGAAUUGCAGAAAGCAGGAGUGGAAAAAAAGGACGCAUGUGUUUCAGCUGUAAAUAGAGAUUUUGGUAAACUACUUGAGGAAGUUCAACAGUUGACCAAAUCCCUCUUAGAUAGUGAAGCUAUAGCCUUGGAUGCCAAAAAAGAGUCGUCUUUUCUCAGAACUGAGAAUCUGGAGCUGAAGGAGAAAAUGAAUGAACUCUUAAGUAAUUACAAGCAAAUGCAAAAGGAUGUGCAACUCUAUCAAAGUCAAAUAGAAGCAGGAAAAGCCAGCUACAAAAAGAUGGAAGCUGACUUGCAGAAAGAAUUGCAGUCUGUAUUUCAAGAAAACACAAGAUUAACUUCACUGAUGGAGGGUAAAGUUCCAAAAGAUUUGCUUUCUGUUGUGGAGCUGGAAAAAAAGGCAUCUGAUAUAAAAGCGGAGCUAGAAAAAGCGUUGGAAGAGAAUGCACUCCUACAAAAACAAACUCUCGAAAAAUGUGAGGAGCUACGCUUACUAGAACUGGAAAGAGAAAAGCUGCUCUCUGAGGCAGCUGAUAAUGAAGUUAAACUGAAGUAUAUGACUGAAGAAAUUGGGAAACUGAAAGAAGAUCUAGCAGAUGUACAGCUUAAGUAUGAGAACUCCGAUCAGGAAUAUGUAGCACUUAAGCAGCUGCAUGAAGAACUAGAACUAAAAUACGUGGCUGCGUCAGAGAACAGCGAACAAAUGAAACUCCAAAUAGAACGUCUAUCUAAAGAAGCAGAAGAGUCUGAAACAGCCUUGGACGAUGUGAAAUUGGAGCUCUCUAACAAAAUGAAAGAGUUGGAAAAAAAGACAGCAGAGCAGGAGCAUCUUCUUGGUGUAAGAGAGGAUCUUAUUCAGACUCAGCAGAAGCUAAAUGAAAUGGAACAAUUGAAAGAGCAAGAGAAGAUUAUGGAAUCGAGAUUGGAGGCCAAGGAUUCAGAGUUACAGGCAGUUCUUCAACAGCUUAGUGGAUGUCGGGAAGAAAUAAAAACUCUCACUCAGGAAAGAGAUGACCUGAAACAAAGAGAGGAGACUCUCCAAGCUGAGAAAGACCAGCUCAGUGAAGAUAUCAAGGACACUGUUUCAAUGAACAUUUUAGCGCACGAAGAACUGAGAAAUGCACAGAGUUCUUUGAAGCAGUCCCAGGAAACUGUUAAGAAAUUGGAGAAAAGUCUUUCUGAAAAAGAGUCUCAGAUGCUGAGUGUUGAGGAGACACUAAGGAAAACCAUCAGUGACCUUGAAAGACAGCUGGCUGAAGUAACUGAAAACCUGACUCGUGUCUCUUCUGAGUAUGACACGCUACUUGCAGAAAAAGAACAGGCUGAAAGAAGAAUGAAGGAGCACGUCUGUCCGGAGCCUGAGAAAGUUGCUGUACUUAAUCAGGAGAAAGAAGAACUGCAGCAAAUGGUAGAGGUCUCUAAAGCAGAGAGAGAGCAGUUAGAGGCUAACUGUCAGGAAAGCAAGAAGAGAUUGUCAGAAGUUCUGACAGAAAUGGAAAGUCUGCAGGAAGAACUAAAGCAUCAUAAAGAGCAAGCUGCUAUUCAGAAGAACUUGAUAGCAGAAGGAGAAGAGAAACAGCAAAAGACUGAAGAAAAACUAACUGAAGAAAUAAACAGACUGAAAGAGAAGAUAAACGCGUUGAGUGAGGACUUGAAUUUGGUAACUAAGGAAAGGCAACAGCUGCUGGGAGAACUAAAAGAGAAGACUGAAAGUGAAAACAAAGACAAUGAACUUCAACAACUAGAGAAAAGAUGUGCUGUGUUAGCAUGGGAGAGAGAUGAGUUUGAGGAACUGCUGGAAGCUGUCCAAGCAGAGAAGAACAAACUGGAGGUUAACCUACAGAAGAGUGUUGAUAAGCUUGUUGAAACAGAAAACGAAUUGAAGCGGCAGCAAGAACUCCUCAGCAAUGAGAAGAUCAAAGCUGAAGAAAGGGAGGAACGUCUGUUGAAGGUUCAGAGGAGGUCAGAGAUUGUACAGGACAGCCUAACAAGUAAGAUUCAGCAGUUAACUGAGACGCUAGAUAGUGUAUCAAAUGAAAAAGAACGGCUAUUGGCUGAGAGAACUAGUCAUUCUUGUCAGCUUAAAGAACAAAUGUCAUCCGCUACUGAAGAAAAAGAUGAGCUACAAAAACUUCUUCAGGACAUCAGGUCUGAACGGGACCAGCUCAGCAUGGAAUUGCAAAAAACCUCUGAGAUGUAUAUUGAAACGAGUGCUGAACUGGAAUGUGCUCUAAGUAAACUGAAGGAGAGAAGCCUGAGCGACGUGUCUGUUCAAGUGGAUGCACUGGAUAACGCAGAACAGAUGGAUGAUGACAGCCUGAAGGCAAAAACCAUGCAAAUCAAGGAGCUUCUGGAGCUAUUCCCAAGUGUGGAGAAGAGGUAUGAGUGUCUCACCAUGAUGUCUCGUAGUAAGGAGGAGGAUCUGAAUAGCCAGAAAGCAGUGAUAGCUGCGAUACUGACUCAGCUUUCACCAGAACAAAAUAAGCAAGUCAAAAGACUCCAAAUGGAAAAUGAGAAAAUCAACACUCAUUUCCAGCGUUUAUUGGACAGACUCAAGUUCCAAUUCCGUCAUCUUUGCUCCAAGAAAAUGGAGUAUCAUGCUACUGUGAACAAGUAUGCAAUGGAAUUGCUUGAGGAAAAGAGAAAACAAGAUCAGCUGCAAGCUCAAAUUCGGUGUCUCAAGGAGUUUCAUUUGAACCAGAAGGAAAUACCUGCUCGAGUGGUAAACAUCGGCGAAGUGCUGCAGAGUUUGCAUUUGGAUGCAGAGAAUAUUAUCAAAGACAUAGCAGAAAUGGAAAGUGAACUUCUCAGCAUAGAGGCAGAGUUACAGAAGGAAGAAAGUGCUGGAAAAGAAACAGCACGGUUCUGGAAAGCUUGUUCAGGACUCCACUGUGAUGCAGAAGAACUUAAAGAAGCGCUAAGAAAAGACAAUGAAAGGCUUUUACAAGUCAUUAAGUUCUGGACUGCAAAAGUGAAGACAUUCUCUCCACUGAAUUCAGAGUUGAAUGACAGAACUUCCAACUACUGCAAAAAUGCUGAUGCUGAAUAUAAACGGACAAAAGAGAAAACUGAAGAGUUGCUUCAGGAACUAAACACCCUUAAGGAACAACUGGCCCCUGGUGGCUCUGCUCAUCUUCUGCUAGAAGAAGAAAACAACAGACUUCAUAACCGCUUAAAGGCUGCAGAACAAGAUAAAAAGGCUAUGGAAGUAGAAAUCCAAAAGUUGGAAAACAUAGUAAAGGAAGCGGAAAAAAAUGUCAGAGAAAAAGAUGACAGGAUAAUCAGUUACAAGCACAGAUGAGAGUAAAAGCAGCUACUGAGUGAGCUCACCCAGCUGGAAGCCAAACUGAAUGAGACAGAGAAAUGCCUCAGCACUGUCCUAGCAGAAAAUCGGAGUCUCCAGGAAAAAUUAAAUAAAGGUGCCGAGUUGUACAAAGAAGAAAUUGAUAAUCUCAAAACACAGUUGGUAAGAUAUGACAUGGACAGAAUGAAGCAAUCAAAGAUUUUGAUAUGCAUGGUGUCUAAAGAAACUCCUCAGCAAUACCAAAAGCCCCUUACUUGUGGUGGUGGCAGUGGUAUAGUUCAGAGCACACACGUGCUUGUUUUAAAAUCUGAACAAGCGAAGCUACAGAAAGAGAACUUGCAGCUGAAGAAACAAAUUGAUGAUCUACUAAGUAAUGAGGCUCAAUUGAAAGACGAAUUUAGAAAAUGGAAAGAGAGAGCGCUAAAAUUGAAAGAAAAAUCUUCGAGAGAGACUACUCGAGAGACAGCACCAAGGUCUCCAGGGAAGAAAGUGUCAGAUUCCCUUAAAGAGCAAAUUCCGUCCUUCAAAGAGCCUCCUUCUCAGGAAACGAUUCCAGACAGAGAAUUCUUGUUAAGAGUUUCCUACAUGGAAAUCUACAAUGAAACCAUUACGGAUUUGCUUUGUGAUACCAGGAAAAAGAAGCCUCUAGGAAUUCGUGAGGAUGUUAAUAUAUAUCUUUCUGGACCUAUUCUGAGGGAAUCUCCCUUACCAAUAAAAAUCGCCAUUAUGGGGGAAACAAAAAUGAAUGAGCACAGCAGCCGUUCUCACACCAUCUUCAGAAUGAUAAUUGAAAGCCGAGAACGAAGUGACCUUGCAAAUGCAAACUGUGAUGGAGCAGUGAUGGUGUCGCACUUGAACUUGGUAGAUCUGGCAGGCAGUGAAAGAGCUAGUCAAACAGGAUCUGAAGGUCUCCGACUGAAAGAAGGCUGCAAUAUAAAUCGGAGUUUGUUCAUUCUGGGCCAAGUUAUCAAAAAGCUUUGUGACGACCCUUCUGGUUUCAUAAAUUACCGUGACAGCAAGCUGACUCGAAUUCUACAGAACUCUCUUGGAGGAAAUGCUAAGACGGUUAUUAUUUGUACAAUCACUCCUGUGUCUUUUGAUGAAACACUCAGUACUCUUCAGUUUGCCAAUACAGCCAAAGGAAUGAAGAAUACGCCAAAAGUCAAUGAAGUUCUUAAUGAUGAUGCCCUCCUGAAGAGAUAUCGCAAAGAAAUUCUGGAUUUGAAAAAGCAGCUGGAGGAAGUGUCUCUGAAGACUCAACUUCACGCGGUGGAAAAAGAUCAACUGGCCCAGUUGCUGGAAGAAAAACUUUCUCUUCAGAAAGCGCAGGAGGAUAGGAUACGAAACUUAACUGAAAUGCUGGUGACUUCUGCCUCGUUUUCAGCAAAACAGGAUAUUAAAGCCAAGAAAAGAAGAAGAGUUACAUGGGCUCCUGGUAAAAUAACCCAGAAGAAUGUGAAUUAUUUGAAGACUUUGAAAAACGAAUUGACUGAAACAAAAAAAAUGAAAGCAUCCCUGUCUUUACUACCAGCUACAUUUUCUGAGAGUUCUGAAAAUGACAACCAACGUUUAACUCUUCCCGAUCAAAUUUUGGAUACAGAGUGGACUCCUGGACCUGACAUGAACUGGACUCAGAAAGACUUUGAAGAAUCUACGCAAUGCUGUGAAGUUUCAAUGCUAGAAAAGGACCUUGCUGUCAGUGAAGUCAAUGUCCUAAAAGCUAACUUGAAUAAAGUCGUAUUAGAAAAUGAACAGCUGAAAUUAGAAGUAAAUGAAAUGAAGGCGAAACUGAAGGAAAAGAGAGAAACAGAAGAAUUUGAAAUGCUCGAAAAGCAAACACAAAAAGAGCAUGAGACAGAACUAAUGCAUGAAGUUACCAGCCUAAAGAAUGUAGUUUCAAAUGUGGAAGCGCACAAUGUAGAACUUGAGGCAGAAAUAAGCUCCAAAUUGGAACAGCUGAAAGAGAAAGAGAACAAAAUAAAGACGUUACAGAAUCGUGUGGAAGAAUUGCAGAAAGCAGGAGUGGAAAAAAAGGACGCAUGUGUAAAUAGAGAUUUUGGUAAACUACUUGAGGAAGUUCAACAGUUGACCAAAUCCCUCUUAGAUAGUGAAGCUAUAGCCUUGGAUGCCAAAAAAGAGUCUUCUUUUCUCAGAACUGAGAAUCUGGAGCUGAAGGAGAAAAUGAAUGAACUCUUAAGUAAUUACAAGCAAAUGCAAAAGGAUGUGCAACUCUAUCAAAGUCAAAUAGAAGCAGGAAAAGCCAGCUACAAAAAGAUGGAAGCUGACUUGCAGAAAGAAUUGCAGUCUGUAUUUCAAGAAAACACAAGGUUAACUUCACUGAUGGAGGGUAAAGUUCCAAAAGAUUUGCUUUCUGUUGUGGAGCUGGAAAAAAAGGCAUCUGAUAUAAAAGCGGAGCUAGAAAAAGCGUUGGAAGAGAAUGCACUCCUACAAAAACAAACUCUCGAAAAAUGUGAGGAGCUACGCUUACUAGAACUGGAAAGAGAAAAGCUGCUCUCUGAGGCAGCUGAUAAUGAAGUUAAACUGAAGCAUAUGACUGAAGAAAUUGGGAAACUGAAAGAAGAUCUAGCAGAUGCACAGCUUAAGUAUGACAACUCCGAUCAGGAAUAUGUAGCACUUAAGCAGCUGCAUGAAGAACUAGAACUAAAAUACGUAGCUGCGUCGGAGAACAGCGAACAAAUGAAACUCCAAAUAGAACGUCUAUCUAAAGAAGCAGAAGAGUCUGAAACAGCCUUGGACGAUGUGAAAUUGGAGCUCUCUAACAAAAUGAAAGAGUUGGAAAAAAAGACAGCAGAGCACGAGCAUCUUCUUGGUGUAAGAGAGGAUCUUAUUCAGACUCAGCAGAAGCUAAAUGAAAUGGAACAAUUGAAAGAGCAAGAGAAGAUUAUGGAAUCGAGAUGGGAGGCCAAGGAUUCAGAGUUACAGGCAGUUCUUCAACAGCUUAGUGGAUGUCGGGAAGAAAUAAAAACUCUCACUCAGGAAAGAGAUGACCUGAAACAAAGAGAGGAGACUCUCCAAGCUGAGAAAGACCAGCUCAGUGAAGAUAUCAAGGACACUGUUUCAAUGAACAUUUUAGCGCACGAAGAACUGAGAAAUGCACAGAGUGCUUUGAAGCAGUCCCAGGAAACUGUUAAGAAAUUGGAGAAAAGUCUUUGAAAAGAGUCUCAGAUGCUGAGUGUUGAGGAGACACUAAGGAAAACCAUCAGUGACCUUGAAAGACAGCUGGCUGAAGUAACUGAAAACCUGACUCGUGUCUCUUCUGAGUAUGACACGCUACUUGCAGAAAAAGAACAGGCUGAAAGAAGAAUGAAGGAGCACGUCUGUCCGGAGCCUGAGAAAGUUGCUGUACUUAAUCAGGAGAAAGAAGAACUGCAGCAAAUGGUAGAGGUCUCUAAAGCAGAGAGAGAGCAGUUAGAGGCUAACUGUCAGGAAAGCAAGAAGAGAAUAAACGCGUUGAGUGAGGACUUGAAUUUGGUAACUAAGGAAAGGCAACAGCUGCUGGGAGAACUAAAAGAGAAGACUGAAAGUGAAAACAAAGACAAUGAACUUCAACAACUAGAGAAAAGAUGUGCUGUGUUAGCAUGGGAGAGAGAUGAGUUUGAGGAACUGCUGGAAGCUGUCCAAGCAGAGAAGAACAAACUGGAGGUUAACCUACAGAAGAGUGUUGAUAAGCUUGUUGAAACAGAAAACGAAUUGAAGCGGCAGCAAGAACUCCUCAGCAAUGAGAAGAUCAAAGCUGAAGAAAGGGAGGAACAUCUGUUAAAGGUUCAGAGGAGGUCAGAGAUUGUACAGGACAGCCUAACAAGUAAGAUUCAGCAGUUAACUGAGACGCUAGAUAGUGUAUCAAGUGAAAAAGACCGGCUAUUGGCUGAGAGAACUAGUCAUUCUUGUCAGCUUAAAGAACAAAUGUCAUCCACUACUGAAGAAAAAGAUGAGCUACAAAAACUUCUUCAGGACAUCAGGUCUGAACGGGACCAGCUCAGCAUGGAAUUGCAAAAAACCUCUGAGAUGUAUAUUGAAACGAGUGCUGAACUGGAAUGUGCUCUAAGUAAACUGAAGGAGAGAAGCCUGAGCGACGUGUCUGUUCAAGUGGAUGCACUGGAUAACGCAGAACAGAUGGAUGAUGACAGCCUGAAGGCAAAAACCAUGCAAAUUAAGGAGCUUCUGGAGCUAUUCGCAAGUGUGGAGAAGAGGUAUGAGUGUCUCACCAUGAUGUCUCGUAGUAAGGAGGAGGAUCUGAAUAGCCAGAAAGCAGUGAUAGCUGCGAUACUGACUCAGCUUUCACCAGAACAAAAUAAGCAAGUCAAAAGACUCCAAAUGGAAAAUGAGAAAAUCAACACUCAUUUCCAGCGUUUAUUGGACAGACUCAAGAAAAUGGAGUAUCAUGCUACUGUGAACAAGUAUGCAAUGGAAUUGCUUGAGGAAAAGAGAAAACAAGAUCAGCUGCAAGCUCAAAUUCGGUGUCUCAAGGAGUUUCAUUUGAACCAGAAGGAAAUACCUUCUCGAGUGGUAAACGUCGGCGAAGUGCUGCAGAGUUUGCAUUCGGAUGCAGAGAAUAUUAUCGAAGACAUAGCAGAAAUGGAAAGCGAACUUCUCAGCAUAGAGGCAGAGUUACAGAAGGAAGAAAGUGCUGGAAAAGAAACAGCACGGUUCUGGGAAGCUUGUUCAGGACUCCACUGUGAUGCAGAAGAACUUAAAGAAGCGCUAAGAAAAGACAAUGAAAGGCUUUUACAAGUCAUUAAGUUCUGGACUGCAAAAGUGAAGACAUUCUCUCCACUGAAUUCAGAGUUGAAUGACAGAACUUCCAACUACUGCAAAAAUGCUGAUGCUGAAUACAAACAGACAAAAGAGAAAACUGAAGAGUUGCUUCAGGAACUAAACACCCUUAAGGAACAACUGGCCCCUGGUGGCUCUGCUCAUCUUCUGCUAGAAGAAGAAAACAACAGACUUCAUAACCGCUUAAAGGCUGCAGAACAAGAUAAAAAGGCUAUGGAAGUAAAAAUCCAAAAGUUGGAAAACAUAGUAAAGGAAGAGGAAAAAAAUGUCAGAGAAAAAGAUGACAGGAUUAAUCAGUUACAAGCACAGAUGAAAGUAAAAGCAGCUACGAGUGAGCUCACCCAGCUGGAAGCCAAACUGAAUGAGACAGAGAAAUGCCUCAGCACUGUCCUAGCAGAAAAUCGGAGUCUCCAGGAAAAAUUAAAUAAAGGUGCCGAGUUGUACAAAGAAGAAAUUGAUAAUCUCAAAACACAGUUGGUAAGAUAUGACAUGGACAGAACGAAGCAAUCAAAGAUUUUUGAUAUGCAACUUGCUAAUUAUAAAGCUGUUGCAGAACACCAAGAAGAACAGUUAAGAAAGCUAAAAGAAGAACUCAGAAGAGCACAGCAAGAUCAAGACGUUACUGUGGUGUCUAAAGAAACUCCUCAGCAAUACCAAAAGCCCCUUACUUGUGGUGGUGGCAGUGGUAUAGUUCAGAGCACACACGUGCUUGUUUUAAAAUCUGAACAAGCGAAGCUACAGAAAGAGAACUUGCAGCUGAAGAAACAAAUUGAUGAUCUACUAAGUAAUGAGGCUCAAUUGAAAGACGAAUUUAGAAAAUGGAAAGAGAGAGCGCUAAAAUUGAAAGAAAAAUUUUCAAGAGAGACAGUACCAAGGUCUCCAGGGAAGAAAGUGUCAGAUUCCCUUAAAGAGCAAAUUCCGUCCUUCAAAGAGCCUCUUUCUCAGGAAACGGUGACUCAGGAUGCAUCAAAGCCUCUGCCACUGACGCGUCCAACAAAUUUCUUUGAUAAUUCCAAUUUAGGUACGCUAACAGAUGUGCCACCUGCAGGAACAGAGCUCAAAGAAGAACCUCUUAGCCAGUGGCUUGGAGCUUCAGAGAAAGAUAAAGCCCCUGAUUGUACUACCCAGUGA